AUGAAUGAAGAUGAAACAUGUUAUCACAAUCACUACGCCCAUGAAUACAUCAAUCAGAAUACCAGGUUUACACCUUGGAGAGAAUGUGAGGCAACAUCGAAAAAUAGUUGCUGCCGUACAAAGCUUCCGUUACUUCUGUUCAUUGCUGCAUACGUAUUAUUUUGUUGUUUUGGUGCAUUUUGUUUCAAUAAAAUUGAAAGGCCUAUGGAGAGAAAAGAGAGACUACGACUACACGCCUCUCUAAUUCAAUUUCUAAAGAUGCAUUCAUGUGUGAAAGGUGAUGACCUAUACGAGUUUAUCAGUCACGUUGUGGCAGCCAAGAAAUUGCGCAUAUCAGUAACACGGGUUAAAGAUCUAAGUAUAUAUAGUUCUCUUGCUAUUCCUGAAAAGUGGUAUGAGGAGUUUCAUUCGGAGAAAAAUAUGGAAUUCAAUUCUCAUUUCGAAUCAGUCGCCAUGACUGACCUAAAAGAAGACGAAGAUAAUAAAAGUGACUUGAAUUUUUCUGAAUCAAUAUUUUUUGUGAUCACAGUUAUUACUACUAUAGGUUACGGUACAAACAGUCCGAUUACACCAGAGGGAAAAAGGUUUUGCGUAUUCCUAGUUUGUGUAGGAAUUCCAAUGAACAUAAUUUUGGUUUCUGCACUGGCUUCUGCAUGCAUGCCUUUGGUUCGAAAGUCGCGAAACAGUCUAGUUAAUUUAUUUUCCUCUUCGAGUGAUCGGAAAAUAUCCCUUUAUAAAAAUGAAGAAAAUCUUAAACAUUGGGAUUCGGAUACCUUAGAUAAAACAGUGAAAAUUUCGGAGGGAAAAAAUAUAUGGAUAGACUCACAUGAUAAGCGUGAGGUCGCAAAACUAUGCUUCAAACCAGGAUGUUGUUUGCACAGAGAUGCCAAUUUACUAGACAACUCAGAUACGCAGUCCCCAUUUCGUAAGUGGUUUUCGGACAGCCAUUUAACAAGUAAACUCAGGAAACAUAGAUUACAAUCAAAAGAAUCGAAACUAACAAGUACGAACGUUGAAACUAGUACGAAACAGCUGAUCCACAAGGUUGUUUCACCUUCAUCUUCGAUAUUAUCAUUGCCAGAAAAUAGAAAAUGCUUCCCACAUUCUCCGUCAGGCAAUGUUCAUAAGUAUCUGGAGAGUCUGUAUGAUCGUCCAAAAUUUUACCCUCCAUUGAAGUCUUCAAAAAUAUUGUCACCCAUAAUGAAACCUCAAGAGGUACUACUGAAGUCUGACUAUCCAUUAAUUAGUAAUCCAUUGGAAUCUAAUCAAAGACCAACCACAAAACCUCCUGAACCUAAAAAGAAGUCAUCGAAGAAGUGUAGUGUAGUGAUGUCAGAUGAAAUAAACACAUGUAAUAAAUCUCAGUCUACAAUCAGUGUUAACAUAAAUGAUUACGAGAGUGCUGCUGACGAUAAAAUAUAUCAACAGAUACCAACCAAAUCAAAUCACACACCAUCUGGUGUAAACGAUGAGAAGGGUUCAUUCAUGAGAAAUUUCAAAAGGUUGUCUCGACACUGUUUAUUUGAAAAAUUCCGAAAAUCUGCAAGUGAUUCUGUGGAUAGUUUCUCAACUGAAACAACACUAGUAUAUCGUGCACGUCUUUCAUGUAUUGCAUUCCUACAUUUUCUAUUAUCCAGGAGUGAUCUUGCAUUAACCAGUAGGGUUAGAUUUUCUCAACUUCGUUAUCAUCAAGAUCAUCAUGGUAUAUUCCACAUUCGAUUAUUUCACUUCUUUGUACUAUUUUUGGUGGUAGUAGUGUGUACAAUAUUUAUACCUGCGGCUGUAUUUUACCGCUUAGAAGACAACUGGACCUAUUUAGAUUCAGUUUAUUAUUGUUUUGUAUCGCUCAGUACAGUUGGCUUAGGCGAUUUGGUGCCAAGUCAAGACAAGAAACACGAUGUACCGAAAGUUAUAUCAUAUGUUUAUGCCAAAAAUAUAUAUAAAUUAGCAACUUCGGUUUACUUAAUAUGGGGGAUUGUAAUGACUACAGUACUAGGGAGGGCUUUUCAAGAGAUUAUUGACUAUGAAUUCUCAAAUGCAGCUUGUGGAUUCGAGGAUAAGUGUCGUGAACACAGGUUGCCAAGUUGUGGUUCAGGGGUACAAUUCGACAAUAACUCUUCUUUCUUUAUGAACUGUAAUCAUCUAAAGUCUAUUACUGAUGGUUAACCAGUGAUUUGAUAUUUUUAAUCAAAUAUUUUUUGAGGUCCUUGUAUUUUUUUAAUGGUAUGUGCAUACAACCAGUUUUCCUUAGUUCAGAAAUAAAUGAAUUUAGUGGAAUAAAUACAUUUAUCUAUAAACUAAAAUUCUUCGCUUAUAUAUAAUCAUAAGUUAGUUCAGGAAAAUGAAUGUAGGUUAAAAGAACAGGC